CGCAUGCUCUGUGCCGGCCGCUGUGUGGACUGAUCGCUGGGCGCAUGCUCGAUGCCGGCUGCCCGGUUUAACUGGUUUUGGCGGGUUCCUUCUCUCUGUCUCGCUGCUGGUUCCUGUUGUUCACUGAUCUCGUUGGACAUGGUGGAAGGCCCUGGUUGUACCUUAAAUGGGGAGAAGAUCAGGAGCCGAGUGAAGCAAGGGCAGCGGGUAGUGGAGCUGAGAGGGAGCGUGAUCACUCAAAUUAAUGGAUCUGUUUCUUGUCAGAAUGGAAUCCUACUCCUCAAAGGAAAGGUUUACACUGAUGUGAAGACAUUGGGCAAGGAACUUUUCAUUUUCUUUGGCCUAACUACGCUAAGGAUACAUUUUGGUAUGCAUGGUUCAGUGUGUAUCAAUUCAUCUGAGAGAAGGCACAAGGAUGGAGCUGCAGCAGUUUUAGAAAUCCAGCUGACCAAUGAUUUGAUUUCCUUCUUUGACUCCACAGUGGAUGUCAGGAAUACAUCUGAGUGUGAACAGAAAUUAAAAUUGUUGGAAGAACUGGAUGUUUGUUCGGCUAGAUUCAGUCAUUCCCGAGCUGAGAAUGAAUUGAAGCAGCAUGGUGCUCGCAUGAUUUGUGAUGUGCUGUUGGACCAGACUGUGUUUCCUGGAGUGGGAAAUAUCAUUAAAAAUGAAUCCAUGUUUGAUAGCAGCUUACAUCCUGCUGUGAAGAUUUGGUGCUUAUCAGCUGAACAAAUACACCAUCUUGUAAAAGUGACACAUGACUUCACAAUUCUGUUCUAUAAGUGUCGUAAGAUGGGGUCAGCUUUGUAUAAGCAUUACAAAGUAUACAAGCGUUCCUCCUGUGGACAGUGCAAUGGUAAAAUCACUGUCUGUCGUCUUGGGGAGAAUAAACGAAUGACAUAUUUCUGCUCGUGCUGUCAGAAGGAAGAUCCCAGUCAGAUUAACAUUAGUAAUUUGCCUAAACGGAAUAGCCUGAUGGGAUGGGCACAUGCCUUUAGACAUCAUUCUAAUGACAACGUUGCCAAAAAAGAGGAGGAAGAAUGGACAUGUUCGCUUUGUACAUUAAUAAAUGCACCAUCGUCCAAGUCGUGCAAUGCCUGCCUAACGCCAAGGCCUGUGAAGGAAACCUCACCUAAGAUGUCUGACUUUGACACUGAUCUCAUAAAAUACCCAUGUAAUAGUUUUGGGAAGCCAAAGAUUGAGUGGAAACUGAAUCGAAAGGCAGCAUUUGGUACAUCAACAUUAGUUCUCACAUCGCUAAGGAGUCCUGGAGAAAGCCCUGAAGCCACUGCCUCAGUUGAUGACGAAAUGAAAAGGAAGACCCCAUUAUCACAUGGAAACACUUCACGCCAAGCUUUGUCUUUGAUUAAAAGCAGUUCUGCAAAUGCAAUGAGCUGGAGCCUCAAGAUGAAUGGCCCCUUUAAUAGCUAUGCAAACCAAAUGGCCAGCAAUUCAAUAGCUACAACUUGUACAAACCAAAGUUUAUUGCAUCAACCUCCCAAAAGAAUUAAAACUGACCAUAAUUUGUCUUUUGAUUCCCAGACAACUGAUAAAAUUUCCGUUGCCAGGAGUGCUGUUAUUAUGAAUGAUGAUCCUGCAGUUGUAAAUCCUGAAACUCCACGUUGCAAAAAGCACAGUCGUCCCUGCACAUUGAGGUUGGUCAAGAAAGAAGGAGAGAACAAAGGGAGGCAGUUCUAUGUGUGCUCCCUUCCUCGAGAAUCCCAGUGUGACUACUUUCAAUGGGCUGAUUUACAUUUUCCAUUCUGCAAACAUGGAAAGCGAUGCAUCAUGAGGACAGUGCUGAAACUUGGCCCCAAUAACGGACGUAACUUUUAUGUGUGCUCACAAGGAAUAGGAAAACAGUGUAAUUUCUUUCAAUGGGCAGAGAAUGGAUCAAGCAUCAAGAUCAUGCCAGACAGCUGAAACUCCACUAGUAUUGCUGAGGCAAGCAUUUUUGGAAUAGGACUGGAAAAUGAAGAAAUCUUAGAAUUACAAUUUUAAGUGUUUAUAAAAAUGUAUAACUGUUUCUGAAAUCUUUAUUUUGAAUCAAGAUUGUAUUUAUUCCUCCCAUCAUUCCUAACUUUUCCCUUAGCGCUGACCAUGUCAAGUGAAUUUUUCAAAAUUAGUAUUUUUAAGUAAUGUAUUUUUUUCUUUAUUUUAUCUCUGUAUCAUUCUGUAAUAUGUUUCAGUAAAUGAUGAGAUCCUCCUUGUCACCUGGCUUUUUCUGUGUAUCUUUGUAAUAAAGAUUAAUAAAUUGGAGAAUCUGUUUUUAAACACACUUGAUUUUAUAGGUUAUUAAAGGUGUAAUAAGCAAAAGAAUGUGAAUUUCCUCAACUGAAAUUUCAGAUUCUGACUUAAUCCAAGGAUUAUGUACCUCAAUAAGGUCUGUAGAUUUCAGAUUUUUGAAGAGGUGACAAAGAAGAUUGAUGAAAGCAGAAAGGUAGACAUUGUCUACACGGACUUCAACAAAGCAUUCAAGGGUCCGCAAAGUAGACUGGUUAGCAAGGUUAAAUCACAUAAGAUCUGAGGGAGCUCGGCAAUUGGAUACAAAAUUGGCUUGAAGUUAGGAGACCGAAAGGGGUAGUAGAGGGCUGCUUUUUGGACUGGAGGCCUGUGACCAGCACUGUGCCUCAAGGUUCGGUGCUGGUUGCACUGCUUUUUGUCAUUUAUAUAAAUGAUCUGGAUCUGAAUAUCAGAGGCAUUGUUAGUAAGGUUUGCACAUGACACCAAAAUAGGUAGUGUGGAUAGUGAAGAUUAUCUCAGAGUACGAUAGGACCUUGA